AAUAGUGAGGGAAUCGGAGUUGCGGAGAAGAAAAAAGUCAGUUCAAAGCGGAGACCAAACACUAAGAGAGCAGUGUCCAGGUCUUCACCACCAGUCUUUUCUUUUAGUAAGUUACUCUCGCUCAAGAACUGCUUGCAGAAUUGAUGAUACAAAUUUACAGCAAGUUAAUCGGGUUAAAGUUGUUUUAAACUUGGGAAGAUGAACUUGUGGAAGACCUGGUCUGUUGCACUCCUGCUGCCUCUGCUGAUAUCAGCCCAGUAUCAAGGGGACACCGGAAUAGUCGUCCCGGAGCAUGGAUUUUGUCAGCCGAUUUCAAUACCUCUGUGCACGGACAUAGCCUAUAACCAAACCAUAAUGCCAAAUUUAGUCGGCCAUUACAACCAGGAAGACGCAGGGCUCGAGGUGCACCAGUUUUACCCUCUUGUAAAGGUACAGUGCUCGCCGGAGUUAAAAUUCUUCCUGUGCUCCAUGUAUGCGCCUGUGUGCACAGUUCUGGAGAAGGCCAUUCCUCCCUGCAGGUCAAUCUGCGAGAGAGCCAAGCAGGGCUGCGAGGCUCUCAUGAACAAGUUCGGCUUUCAGUGGCCGGACCGACUGCGCUGCGAGAACUUCCCUGUGCUGGGAGACGGACAGAUCUGUGUGGGCCAAAAUGAUUCCUCUGCCGCCACCGUCCCACCCAUCAUGUCUGUCCCGGGGACCCAGGGCAUUGUCUCCACACAUGAGAGGCCUUUUCGUUGCCCGCCUGUUCUCAAAGUACCCCCAUAUGUGAAUUAUAAGUUUUUAGAUGAGAAGGAUUGUGCAGCUCCCUGUGAGCCAUCAAGGAGCGGUGGGAACAUGUUUUUCAGUGAUAAAGAGAUUCAUUUCUCCCGCAUAUGGAUUCUGGUUUGGUCUGUGCUUUGUUGUGCAUCGACAUUAUUCACAGUAACCACCUAUUUAGUUGACAUGCAGCGCUUCAGAUACCCUGAGCGACCUAUCAUCUUCCUGUCUGGCUGCUACACAAUGGUCUCCAUAGCCUACAUAGCUGGCUACUUCCUGGGGGACAGAGUGGUGUGCAAUGAUAGCUUCAGCCCAGAUGGCUAUAAAACCAUCGUCCAAGGCACCAAAAAGGAAGGUUGCACCAUCCUCUUCAUGAUGCUCUAUUUCUUCAGCAUGGCCAGCUCCAUCUGGUGGGUCAUCCUGUCUCUCACCUGGUUCCUGGCAGCAGGUAUGAAGUGGGGCCAUGAGGCUAUUGAGGCCAACUCUCAGUAUUUUCACCUGGCAGCCUGGGCAGUGCCAGCCGUCAAGACCAUCAGCAUCCUGGCCAUCGGGCAGAUCGAGGGUGAUGUGCUCAGCGGUGUCUGCUUCGUCAGUCUCAGCAACCUGGACCCUCUACGAGGUUUUGUGUUGGCCCCGCUCUUCAUUUAUCUCUUCAUCGGUACCUCUUUCUUGCUGGCCGGCUUUGUGUCACUGUUCCGAAUUCGCACCAUCAUGAAACAUGAUGGCACGAAGACUGAGAAGCUGGAGCGACUGAUGGUGCGGAUCGGGGUAUUCAGCGUGCUCUACACCGUCCCUGCCACCAUUGUUAUUGCCUGCUUCUUCUAUGAGCAGGCCUUCCGCCCCCACUGGGAGCGCAGCUGGGUCAGCCAUAACUGCAGGGGCUUGGCCAUCCCCUGCCCUUUGCAGACCGGGCCCCGCAUGACUCCAGACUUCACUGUCUACAUGAUCAAGUACCUGAUGACACUGAUAGUGGGUAUCACCUCCGGUUUCUGGAUCUGGUCUGGAAAGACUCUCCACUCCUGGCAUAAGUUCUACAGUAGACUGACAAAUGGCAAACAUGGAGAGACCACUGUGUAGAAUAAAGGGACAUCUAAAUGUUACUGGGACUAAUGUUGUGUGUUAUUACCUGUUUCUCAUGCAAUAGGUAAGUAGCACAGUGAGUAGCUAUAUGUUCUUACAGCAUUUGUAUUCGCCUCAGCUGUAUAGCCACGCAUGCAUGCCAAACUGAGGGUCAGGGUUUGAAAAAAGGCCAAGCUGGAUAAACAAGGACUGAACCUGACUGUCUGAACAAAUAACAAGCAUGGCUAUGGAUGCCAUGUGCUGAAAUGCUGUCCUCCCCCUCUCUGGCUCUUUUCUUAAAGCCACCAUAAACUCAAAGGGAGUGAUGAUCCAGCAGCCAAGAACAUAGAGAGAGGGGAAAUGAGUGGUGGAAGAAUGGCAGUUUAUUCUCUCUGUAAACAUUUCAUAAAUGAAAUUGUAAAUAGUAUUUGUAAAAACAUGACAUUAUAUAUUUGUAUUUAAAGAAAGUAAAUACUUUUCCUUAUGUGCUAGUGUACCUGCUUUACUCUUGCACUGUAAGAAUGCUACAUACCGUAGAUCUAGUCAUGCGCCUUUUUUAUCAAUUGCUGGUUAUUAAUGCAUUAAAAUAAUGUCUACAUUUCAGUCAACAUUUUCAGUUUAGCCCACUGUACUGUCUCUCCUCUUUAACCAAAAACAUCUGCAAAAUGUGCAGAUAUCAUCAAACAACUACAAAUCAGAUGCUUGAUUUUAAAUUCCUAGUUCAAGGGGAAAAACAGUAUUGAGUGUUUUUCUUACAUUUUUUGCCCUUCCUUAUGUUCAGUAUUUAAUGAUUAAACAAUGUCUUGAUAACAAGUUAUUUUCUUUUAUAAUAGAACAGCCAUGUUUUCUCAAGGGGGUGAGGGUUGCGUGUCACACCUGAACAUCUGUUGCCUUAGACCGGCAGGCAACAGUAAAAGAUUAUUGGAAUUCUUAAUGGAAAUGAGCUUCUUACACAAGACCGUAGCCCUCUUGGAAAUACAAGGAAUGAGUUUAUACUGAGACAAUUGAACACACCUCUCCUGUUAAUCACUUAUCCUGCAAAUUAUCAAUAUAUUCUGAAAUAUUUCA